GUUGAACCUGUGCAUUGUCACUUGUGCGAAUUACUGGACCCAAUAGUUGAAAUAGCCCAUGACUGCUGCGUGCGCUAACAACACAGGACUUUGUCUCUUCUCUGCCUUUUUCGCUUGAAUCCAUCUGGAAAAUAGGACGCUUCUGGUGAUGCCGGCAUCCGCAGACAUCGAGCGGGUACAGCCCAGCGGUAGCACGGGAUACAAGCUCAUGCCUCUCAAGAGCUUUGCACCACAUGUGAAUUUUGACCACAUUGGGGAGAUACUGCAGCGGCCUCUGGCACGGUCCAAGCUGGACAUGUACCUGGUUGUCGCCUCAUAGAGCCGUGUGGAAGAAAAAUAUAUAUCCGUGUCUGGACGUCAGAGCUUACAGUGCGGAUGUGCAUCGAUAAAGGGCUGCAAAUCUGCAAUUUUGCUUUUGCGCAAAAGGAAAGAGGCUGUUCGCGAUCUUCUUUAUGGCCGUGCGCCUUUGCAGGACAUGCAAAUGCUCAUCUGACAGCUGCUGGCAAUGGCUCCGGCCAUGCCGCCGAUGCCCUUCUCAGAAGAGAGCGGCAAACACAGCACUCUGGUAUGUGGAGCCAGCGGCAGGUCGGGAAAAGUGCCGUACUGCGUCGCGGGGGCCAGGCUCUAAAUCAGCGAGAACCCUCUCGCUCUUUCCCAAAGCAGCUCCUGCCAAAGACUAGUCCAUGCACUACAGUUCAUGAGCACCUCGAGUCUGUGCGAUUGACAAGAGGGACGCACCACUCCUCAUCCUUGCAUCCUGCCCCGAUUUUCAGCUUUCUUUCAAUACUACCGGCUUGGCAAUGGGCAUUCAUGCAGCUCGGGGCAAGGCUGCAAAUCAGCUUACAGCCCUCUUCGCACGAUGGUGCUCAAGCGCGGAUGGGUUGCAACAUGGGAAGGGCAAUUGGCGUUCCUCGAAGUGCAAUUUUUUUGGUUUCCAGGACAGCCUGGGGGACAUGCGUGGAGAUCUACAACUGGGAAUAUCCCAACCACACAAGGAUCAGCUACAUGUGUGGUUCCAACUCUCCUUUCGCAACCACCGUUGGCCAAAGAGAUAUGCUGCAUGACAAUGGGGAGAGAGCAGGGAAAGUGACUGGAAUGCCUGCGCACUGCACCAACUGACCCAGCCAGGCUCCCCUUUGUCCGCCACAGUGAAUGCCCAGGCUGGCAACCACCAUGGUGCGUGCUGGGGGAUCAUGGCUGCAUGCAUGUCUUUACAAAGAACGGCUUUCGUGGCGAAUGCGAAUUCUUAACAGUGAUCUGCCCGCCAUACUACACCACACAGCACAGCCGCUAGCCGAGCCCUCGGUUUCCGGAUAUCCAACGCCGCAUGCUCUAGAGAAGAACAAAGUGCGCUGC